AUGUCAAGCGACCACGAUGUUCACGAAUUGACUGAGGACGACGGUCCUAUUGAACUGCAUCCGCAUGCCGACAUGGUCCUCAUACUGGGCCAUGGAAGCACACAGCCUACCCGCAGAUAUUUGGUCCAUUCUGAAGUUCUUGUCGCGGCGUCACCGUAUUUCACAACUCUCCUUGGACCUCACUUUUGCGAAGGUCAGGCUUUGCGAUCAGAGCAACAGCCAGCGAUCACCCUAGAAGAGGACGACCCAGAGGCGAUGGACGUGCUUUUGUCAGCACUCCAUCAUAAGACCACAGACCAACACAACGACGUCGACUUGCAACUGCUUGCGCAGAUCGCACGAGCAAGUGAUAAAUACCGCUGUAACGGCGCCUUGUCGCCUUGGAUUUUCCGGUGGCUCCGGGAAUCUAGACCUCCUGAAGAUGUGGCGGAACACGGACUGCUGCUCAUGGCUGCGUACCUGUUCGAGGCCAAGGAUCAGUUUCCAACCAUCUCGGCACAGGCGGUGAGGUAUUUGCCGCCGGGGUUUGCGGCCACUUGGACGGACCAUGAAAUCCUGUCUGCAUUUCCCGACAACGUCAAAAGUAAGCAGCUUCCUUACGCGGUUCUCCUCAGUCACAUGUGCCCGCUUAACAGUGAUUAG